CUCUAGCAUCGCGGGUGUUAGGUCGCAGAAGACACGAAAUGCCGUACAUGGAUGCACUGCCUAGUCGGCCGCAGCCUUCCGAUGGUGAGGCUCUGCUUGACGCAUAUCCCUUGCCCUGAGUACUUAAACCGAGCAAAAUGGCUGUCCUAACCCCAGAAGGUCAUUGCAGUGCGAGUACACAAACGACCGCCAAUGCCCCGGUGAGCUGGUCUGUCUUUUCUCUCUGUCAUCCAGGGCUCAAGAUCAAUGCUACGGCCGAGGCGAACUGCCGAGGCACCGCCCAGGAGGGUCUCUGGUCUUCAACGCCUCCCGUAUGAAAUGGUUUCGCUCAUCAUAAGCCAUCUCACUAUAGAAGAAACUUUUGAUCUCGCCCUGUCAUGUCACCACCUCGAAUACUUGAUCCGGGAAACAGAUUUUUGCAAAGCUGUUGUCAAGUCGAAGGCUCCAUAUUCAUUGGAGGCCCAGGAAGCGUAUCAGACCGGUCGGUACUCAAGGGCUAUGCGGCGAUUAGUGAAGAGGCGGCGUGCAAUAGCCAAUGCUCGUCCAUUCAUGUGUGGCAUCGUCGGUGUGGCCGACUCUUUCAACUUUUCCGGUGGAAAAUUAUGCUAUAUUCUCGGGGACCGCCGCGAGAGGCGACUAAGAAUCCUCGAUCUACGGCAAACGACGAAUGACGAGAUCGUCGUCGAUAUUCCCGCUCUAACCAGCCUGGCUAUCCCGGAGUCGGCCAAAUGCCGCAAAUACGUCUUCAGAGUCUUGCACACGUCCAAUGGAAUUACCUCCUGCUUGUUCUCCUUCGCACUGCCUACAACCCAGCACUGGCUCCUCAUCAUCAAUCCUCAACAAUACCAACUGAUAGGCAAGAUUCCACUGCCUUCGGCUAGCCGCAUUUUCGUCCGAAAUGACGCCGAAUACCUCUACUUUGGCACCCACUCCGAGUAUGGCGCUGACGGCUUUCGCAAAUGGGUCCUCCGCGGCUUCGAUAUUCGACAGCAACAGUUAAUGAAGCAGAAAAUGCACCUGACCAAAGUUGUUGGCUACGAGAUCGGAUCGACCGUCUGCUUCGAAGUCAUGGAUGGCUACUUCUAUGGCGUCUCAAAUCAAACCGCUUUCGAGAUUGAAGAGAUUGACUGGACAUCAUAUUACUACUGCUUCCGAUUUCGCCUCAACGCACCAGAUCCUCAAAAGACGCAGGUCAUGAAAAAGCGUGACAGCUGGCGCAGACAGCAUACUGAAGGCCCCAUCGAUGACCGAUGGGGGUUUAUAAGUCUGGAGAAAGACGAGGCUUCCGGCCGGGUCAGAAUUGUCGAGUCGCGAAAGGAGUGGCUUACAGGGCAGAGUGGACACAAGCGUACUUACUAUAUAAAGGGUGUUAUUUUCCACGAGAAAGCUAGCUCCGAGGCCGAUCAUGACAAUUCGAGCGACGAUGAUGACGAUGAUGACGGCAUUCCCGACAAUCCGUGGGGCGACCUUGGCGACAGCAGCAGCAGUAUCAAGCCAAGCUAUCUGUUACCACAACAACGUUCAGAACAUCCGGGCGAUGAAAACUCCGUGAUGUUCACGCGGAGCCAAACCUAUCUACGUUCUUAUAAUUACUCUUGUCGUACGUUCUUCGACCUAGUGAAUGACCCUCUUCCCUCGAAUCCAGAGAUGCGGAGACUGCGACUUAGAUCGGGGGCUCGGGUGCUCAAUAAAGCACCAGAAUGGGAAACCCGGCAGCUUGGCGUUUAUGAACACGGAAUGGGGCAAGAAGAUACCAGGAGUUCCUUCGAAUACAACCGUAUUUCCUAUUGGCCACCCGAGGAAACAUCAGCCGAGCCCAAUUCGUAUUGUGACCAUCUCUAUCGAGUCCUCAAUCCGCCAGGGUACUGCGGAAGUGUCGUGGCUACGAGCGACGAACGUACGAUCGUGUACACGAUCGGCGAAGAAGCAGGCGGCUUGAAAGCCCUGGUUCUACUUAGUUUCGAUCCCGCCGUCACCUUAGCAGCGGCUAUGUGUGGGGGUGAUUUCUCAGGAGUAACGGCCAGAAGUGAGGUUGACGGGAAGAAUAAUGGAUCUGCAGCUGUCCGAAAAGAGAUGGGGACGAUUGGCACGCAAGAAACCUCAAUAUAUGAGAGGGGUGCCGAUACGGUCGUUGCCGAAGCUUGCAUGGCCCCCAUUUUACAUGUUACGUCUUCGGCGGAAGACUUGGCCACAAAUACGUUACCAGGCCCGGAGGUACGCAGUUCCUGGGCACGAAUAGAGAGGGCAUUCCAUCACGAUAUUCAUUUGAAAUAUGAUUUUGCUGAACCCUUCCGGCCAGCACGAUCGUGAAGGAUAUCGGAGGAGAGAUGGGGGCGAUAGCAGGGGCGGCUUUGGUGGGGGAAAUCGACGACAUGUAGACCGCAUUUUCACAGGACGCACUACAUGCCCAAGCGUGCACCUGCAUCACAAACCGUAACGAUCGCCGUUUGCAGACCCCUUGAUCCUUGUCAACUGUG